UGACGUUAAGACCAGUCGUGACCGACUCCCAGUCGUGACCGACUCCCAGUCGUGACCGACUCCCAGUCGUGACCGACUCCCAGUCGUGACCGACUCCCAGUCGUGACCGACUCUGGGGGUUGGUGCUCAUCUCCAUUUCUAAGCCGAAGAGCCAGCGUUGUCCGUAGACACCUCCAAGGUCAUGUGGCCGGCAUGACUGCAUGGAGCGCCAUUACCUUCCCGCCGGAGCGGUACCUAUUGAUCUACUCACACAUUGGCAUGUUUUCGAACUGCUAGGUUGGCAGGAGCUGGGGCUAACAGCGGGCGCUCAUUCCGCUCCCGGGAUUUGAACCUGGGACCUUUUGAUCUAUGUUAAUUUUAUCAAUAUUUGUAUGUAUGUGUUUAUCCUUUACAAUUUUAUCUUGUAAAUCGCCUAGAGCAUCUUGGAUGGAGGGCGAUUAAUAAGUAAUUAAAUGAUGAUGAUGAAGAAGUUGUUCAGCAGCUCAGCGCUUUAACGCACUGUGCCACCAGGGGCCCUGUCUUGCUUUUAAAGGAUUCCCUGAACAGCUGACCGGCUGAUAGGAACUGUGGGAGUUGAAGUCCAAAACACCUGGAGAGCCGAAGUUUGCCCAUGCCUGGUCUAAGCUUUCUUGUAAAUUCCAGACUUCAUACGCUCAGAAUGAGCGUCAACGCACCGGCAGAGCCCAUUGGGAAGGCGCCCAGGACCUUUUCUCCGCCCACAGAGAGCCCUAUUGGCUGCUUCCGGAUGACGUAUGAGGAAGUGGUCAGGAGGAGCACAUCCGCCGGAGCAAAGGAACAAUAACAUAACAAUAGCAUGGAUUCGGCUUCGGCUCCGGCGGAGCUGCCGCUGGCCUUGUCGGCGAUGCGCCACGCCACCCUCGCGGCCAGCCAGGUGAUGUUCCCGGCCAAGCGCAGGGCCGGCCCAGGCCCCCGCCGGACUCCCCUGGAGACCCCGGACCCGGUGCGGACCCUCUACCGGAGACGCCGCGGGAGCCGGGCGGCGGUGAAGCUGAUCGCGGCGGCGCAGCUGGAGACGCUGGCCACGCUGGCCAACCUCAUGACGAUCCCGCGGACGCCCCGGCGCUGGUGGGUCUACCCCAACGAGAGCGACUGGUGGGAGCGGUUCUCCCUCCACGAGGAGGACGACCGGCAGUGGGUGCACUACUUCCGGCUCCCCCGCGACACCUUCCAGAAGGUGGUGGCCGCGCUGGCCCCCGAGGUGGCCAAAGGCGACACCCAGAUGAGGAGGGCCAUCCCGGUGCAGAAGAGGGUGGCCAUCGGCCUCUGGAUGCUGGCCAACCAGUGCUCCUACCGCAAGACCGCCCAGCACUUCGGCGUGGGCAGGGCCACCGUGGGGAACAUCUUCCUCACCGUCGUCCUGGCCAUGGAGAUGAUCCUCUUGCCGCGGAUCGUCCGCCUCGGGGACGCCCUGGAGAUCAUGGAUGGAUUUGCUGAGCUGGGAUUCCCUCAGGUGGUGGGUGCUGUGGAUGGAUGCCACUGUGCGAUUGUGUCACCUGUGAGGCAAGGGGGACACUUCAGCAAUAGGAAGAAGACAUACUCUGUCCUGCUGCAGGGUGUUACAGACCACACAGGACGCUUCAUCAACAUAGAGAUCGGCCAGAGUGGGAGCAACUUGGAUGUCAAAGUGAUCCAGAACUCUGCCGUCUUUGAGAAGAUGGAGGCAGGUGUCUUUGUGCCAGGCAACCCUACCAUCACUGUGGGGGGGACACGGAUUGGGCCACUGCUGGUGUCAGACGGCGGCUACCCCAUCAGGAGGUGGAUGAUGACGCCAUAUUCAGGAGAACUGACAAAAAAACAGGUGCUCUUCAACAGGCGCCUCAGUCAUGCCAAGGCUGUGGUCGAGAUGGCAUUUGUGCAACUUAAAGGGAGAUGGCAAUGUCUCACAGCACCUCUUGAGGUGUCUGAAGAAAACGUGCCCUCAGUCAUUGCUGCUUGUGUGAUCCUGCACAAUAUCUGCGAGACCAAUGGGAGGGCGUUGGAUGACUUCACCGAGGUGCCGCAACCUGUGUUACCCAGCCAGAGAGAACCCAUGGAGGCCAAUGCGGAGCAGAAGAAAACAGAGGGGGAAGCAGUUCGAGGUGCCCUGGCAGACUGUUUCUGGGCAGAGGGAAUGUGACCCCUCACAUCUGACCAGAAAGUAUAUGGAAGAAAUUUAUUGAAGAAACAUUAAGGAGAGAAGAUGGAAAUAAACCCCCACCAGAAGAAAUGAGGUUCUGGUUGGACUAUAAAGAAAUGGACUCCGGUGAUGGGGAGCACAACGGGUAGAACACUGGGGGAAGGAAAAGACUUAAUUAAAUGAAUUGUGAAGAUUUUUCUUUUCUUUGUAACAAAAUUAAUAGUAAUGUAAUAAAUUUUUUUAAAAAAAACCCCCAAAACAUCUGACCAGAGCAUGCUCCAAAUACGGACCCUGUAAUGGCCAUCCAUGCCAGUAAAACGCAAUAUAGGGUCACUAUAAGUCAGAAAUGUCUUAAAGACACACAACAACAAUAAACAGAAAAAUCGGAGUCUCUCUUUCUUUCUUUCUUUCUUUCUUUCUUUCUUUCUUUCUUUCUUUCUUUCUUUCUUUCUUUCUUUCUCCAUGCUGACUGCUGAGAACUGCAGUCCAAAUCAGCAACUUUUCAUGGGGAUAGGACUGGGAACUAGGAAAUCAAUGGGAAUCUGUACCUUGAACUGAAAUGGGUAAGAUCUGAAGGAACAAAACAGCAAAGAUUUAAACAGGCCUCACUUCAUUCGCUUGCCCUACUCAAUUACAUCUCUAUGACUCCAAUUUAACUAUUGCGGAUGCAUCCAAUGGAAUCCAUGGACAUGCAGUGUUGUUGUGUAACUUCAAGCCAUUUCUGACUUACGUCCACUAUAUGGCAUAUUGGAAAUGAAGAAGCAUCAAUGCUUGUAUAUAGAGCAAUUAGGGACAGAAGGAACCCUGUCGUGCACACCUGCUAUCAUGUUUCCCCCUUCUUUUCCAGUAUCUUUGUAAUUCAGGGUGUUUUGCUUUUUGCCUUCCAUUUUCUUCCCAGAGGUUUUGUGUGCUUUUCACUCUUUGUUUAAGACGGACGCAUUGUGAUGCUUCUCUGCCUCAAGAUCGCUGACAUAUAGACAUGAAACUCAUCAUUAGGAUGCUUGUUCUAAAGUUAGGUAGCUUUUCUUUUUCAUAUCUAAUACUUUUAUAUGAUAUUUAUUAUCUGCAACAAUAAAAGUAAGUUUACAAGA